CACAGCGCCACUUCAGCUGUACAGUUGCAUAGUGAUGCCACUAUUCAGAUGGAAAAUUCGAUAGUAUCGAUGGAUUUACAGCUCUACAAAGCGCCGACAAGAUGAAACAGUGGCUGUACUGGUGCCGCCUUUGCGCCAAGAACGACGCCGAGAUCAAGGUGCGAGACAAUUCAGACGAUGAGGAAGUUGUAAGGAUAAUUAGCAAAUGCUUUGAUGUGGAGAUGACGCUGGAGGAGCCGGAACUGGGCAGCAUGCUGUGCAACGAAUGCUUCUCCAUGGUUGGCCAGCUGAUUAGCUUCUCCGAAAAUGUCAACAAGGUGCAGGCAAUCUUUGAGCUAUUGCGUCACACGGAGAAAACUGAGACGCUCAAUGUGUUUGAGCUGCGUCGCCAGUACGGAUUGUCCGUCGACUACAAAACAGAAUGCGACGUCUACGAUGAGGAUGGAACUGAAGAGUGUCUUGCAGCAGAAAGUCCGGUCUGUGAGAUGCCCGACGAGAAGCUGCCCAUAGAAGCGCUGAUUGAUACAGAUAAUGAACAUCCCAGUGUGUCCCCCGUGAAAAGAAGACGAGGUCGUCCCAAAGGUAGUCCUUCUGUCAAGAAACCGAACAAUACAAAAACUCCCACUCAAUUGGCGAAACAUGCUGCACACGAUGAACCGAACCGCUUCAUUAAAGUCGAGCCAAGUGAAGAUUCUCCCCUACCUGGCUACGAGAGCUGUGAUACUCAGCCUGAAGAACAGCAAGAGAUGGAAAAUAAUAGUCCUCCAGCUGCUGGGAGCCACACCUGUAAAAUUUGCCAAAAGACGCUUAUCUCGGCGGCGUCCUUGCGGCGUCACAAGCUGGAGGUGCACUGUAACCUAAAACGCUUCAUUUGCGAUGUUUGCGGAAAGGGACUGACCACAUUCACGGCUCUCGUCGAACACAAGCUUGUACACACCGACUACUGCCCCUGCAUUUGUCACGUCUGCAAUGCGGCGUUCAAAAACAAAGCCCGACUUCGGGUCCACUUGCAAACCCAUGGUGCACCUAGCUUUGAGUGCAAUGUGUGCGGAAAGAAACUACAGACACGAGCAAUAUUGAACAAGCACAAGUAUGUGCAUACGGAUGAGCGCCGCUUCAAGUGUGAUAUUUGCGGACUCGGCUCUAAGAACUCGACGGCCAUGAAGAUACAUCUUUUGAGCCACACGGGACUGCGACCGUAUGUGUGCAAGUACUGUGGAAAGGCAUUUGCCAGCAAUACAAAUUGUCGCGCCCACAAGCUUAAAAAGCAUCCUCACGAGGCUUCGAUGGAGGAUGAAAAGGAAUCUUCACGCAUACCCGUUCCAACGCUGGAUGAGCUCAGAGCCAUAACACGGGAAAUGGCAAAGUCCAAAAAGGAGGCAGAGGAAGCCGAGGAGGCUGCAGAGGCAGCUGCAGAAGAACUAGAACUAGUUUCCGAUUGACAAACAAUUGAUUUUGCAUGUUUUAUUGAUCUAUAAAUUAAAAUCUAUACGAGUUUAUAUUUUAUACACAACAAAAGCUCUACUAAAAAUACCAACCAAACUAAA